CCUCCUUGCUUCUACUCACUGAAAGGAUACGUGAUGAAAUAAAGUGUUGUAUAAUCUUUCUUAACCUCGUAUCUUUCCAUUGAAUCUCCUCUGGCGAUAAGAAAAAAAAAUGUGAUUUAAUGCUUAGUCUUUAUAAAACAAAACUAAUCGGUGUAUGUAACGGCUAUAUAACAAGAAGUUCCUCUUCAGUUCCUCCUCCCGGUACACAAACUAUAUACGUAAUGAUAAUUUCUAAAUGCCUCGUGUACUGACGUCAAUUGUUGUUCUCUAAUUCUUCACUUAUCAUUAUGUUUCAUCUAACAUGAGGCUUCAUUGAGCUGAGUGACUUUCCUCAUCAUUUACCGAAAGAAAAGGAAAAAAAAAUACAAAGCGUCAUCUGAUCUAGCUAAUGAAGACGCGUUUUUAUCAUUAUUAUUUCUGUACAACCAUAGUCGUGGGUAGCAUGAAAGGAGUUUAAACGCUUCAUUCUUGUCUGGAUGUACGAUAGUUUUUCUUGCUCUUCUCCCAAUCUACUCUUUUUUAAUUCCACUUUCUUUUUUUUCUUUCCUAUAUGCACACCACAGCCACCAUCGUGUGGAGAACGGCACGUUGAUCUCUAUUUUCUGACUCAGGAUCAGGCAACCGUGAAUGAACCAAAUCAUUAUUAUCAUGCUAGGGUUCAUCUCGACAGACAGUAAAUCGUUGUGUCCACAAGUCCACGAGAGCACCUCAAUAAAGACCAUAUUCUGAAACACUUCUGCGUCACACCUCCACUACUCUCAAAAGGCUCUAAUUGAAGUUAUACGGGUUUUUAUUUAUUUUUUUUUACUCAUUUAUUUUUUUUUCUUUUUCAGUUCAGUUGAGAUAUUAAUAAACUUUCUGCAUUAUUAACAGAAGAAGCACUCUUGAGAACCUAGUUAAUAACCUCUGUCAUGUUUGAAAAUAGUCAUGGUGAGAAAUAGAGCAAAGCUUUUCAGAAUACGGGCCAGCAAAGUCCAGCACGUGAUCCUCUACACAUGCAUGGAAACGAGAUUGCUUGCCACUCGUUCAUGCUGGUAUGUGACCUGGAGCUGUGUUCAAGUCUUGCGUGGAGCGAACAGAGACUUUUGGAUGAGACAUGCUGACAAGCACAGACUCAGGAACAGGAGGAAGCUGCGACCUGCCAGAAGAAUCCCUCAGUGACCAUUAUGACAUCCUCAACAUCCUCAGCUAUGGCAGGAUGGGCAAGAUCUAUUUGGCAGCUGAGAGAGUGAUGGGGGUGGAGGUGGCACUGAAGGCAGUGUGCCGAGACAUGUGUCGCCGGAGGGACAUUCAGAGAGAAUUCCACUACGCCUCACACCUCGACCACCCAAACCUUGAGGCUGCCACAGGGAGACUCUUCCAGACUGACCUCUACUUUGUGUACCCAAUGGAAUAUGCCCACUAUGGGGACCUAGCAUCAUAUCUCAGCUCUCGCACUAUUGAGGAGGUGCCAAUAAGAUGGGUGGCAGAGCAAGUGGCAAGUGCACUGACUUACCUACACAGCUUCCAGUUAGUUCAUGGCAAUGUCACCCCAGCCAACAUCCUCAUCUUCAGACCCAACCUCUCCCUCGUCAAACUCACUGAUUUCGGCUCAACCUGCCGCAGUGGAACCUUUGUGCGUCGCCACCACUUCACUGGACCCUACACUCCCCCUGAGCUGAGUCGCAGUGAGGGUGUUGAGGGUUACUACACAGGCACCUCACUUGACUCCUGGGCCCUUGGAAUCCUCAUCAUUCACUGUCUCACCGGCAACAAACCCUGGACCACCAGUGACGUCUCUGACCCUGAGUACGCUGCCUUCAGGAGCUGGCAGAGAGCCAAGUCUAUCCGAGUGCCCAGGCCAUUCAAAAGGUUCACUGUUCGUCUGCUGCGUCUAGUCCGUCGGCUGCUAGAGCCCCGGGGUUGGUCUCGCUACCCAGCCAAGGAGGUCUUCAAAUAUCUCGAAGAUGACUGGUUGAUUAAGUCAAGGGAUCGGAGUGACAGUCACGACUUUGAUCCGUCACUUGUUCCUCUCCAAAACUCUCUCUUCCAAAGCUUGAAUAAGGACAUGGUUAAGAAUUCCUGUGAACAGAAGCAGGAGCCAGAGGACCAGGAGAAGCAGCCCCAGGAGAGAGUUUCAAGUCCACGCCGCUUCUUUGCUGAGCUGUUGAGGUUCAGCUCUCCCAACACGUCCAUGAGGCACCAUCGUAAAAAUCAUGCAUGGCACCAUUCCUCUUCCUCCUCCUCCUCAUCCUCAUCCUUCACUUGGCUUAAUUCCUCAUCAUCCACUUCCUCAUUCAGUAUAUCAACCAACUACUCCUCUGUGUGAGUGCAGAGAUUAUGGAUUGGAAUACCUGAGGCAUCAUGAAGCACACCUGAUCAAAGCUUUAGGGUCUUGAUUCAAUCUUCCUGACUUCACAGAGUGAAGUGCAGUCAGGCUUUCUUUUGUUGAUGUGCCUCUCAUUCAGGACCACUCACCAAAAGAAAGCUAGGACUGUUUUGAUACCUUUUCUAGUAUAAUUUUAAAACUGCAAAAAUACUCUUCAAGAAUAGGUAUAUCUAAAGUGUGUGUGUGUGUGUGUGUGUGUGUGUAUGUGUGUGUGUCCUUAUAGGUGUAUAUUUACCACAAUAACAGUAUAUCACCUAAAUGAAUGUUGCCAUGCAGGAUUUGAGCUGAAAUCAUGUUGUUUUGUUUUCCCAUUUUCUCAAAUUCAACAUUAUUACAAACUCGUGGAUGUUUUCUGUUCAUGUCAUCUCUGCCUCCAGGCCAUUCCAAAUGUUAGUGUUUCUAUCUGGGAAGCUGAAAUUAUUAUUCUUCAAACAUCUGCUCUUUUAUAACAUUAUUAUUUAUAUCUUCUUGUCCUUCCAUCAUCCUUUGCCAUAAAGUUUCUCCAUCUUACAUGUGUGUGUGUGUAUGUGUAUGUGUGCAUGUGUGUAAAUCAGCAUUCAUUCAUGUAAACUUUAAAUAGCUUGCAAUAAAGUGUCAGUAGUACUCGAGUAACUUGUAGUGUACAACGAGGACUGGGUGAAGUCUGUGUUUGGUCAGUGCUGUGCCUGUGACUGUGCUGGUCUGGAGUGCAGACUUCAUCAUCCUUUCAUGGAAUGUGAUUUGGCAUAAGAGAACAGUUUAGAUCAAAUUUAGUCUGACUGUAAUCAGCUACAAUAACCUCGCAACUGUGUCUAUCUUUCAGUUCAACUCCUCUUAUGUGUUGCUAUGUCAAGUGAAAAUAUUUCCUCAUGCAAAUCCUGUGAAGAAAUUUUUUUUUUUUUUGUAUAAACUAGAGUUUAUCUGAAACAGCUUCAGCCUCAGACAAUAUAUGAGACAGGCACUAAAGCACCUGACCUGCUAUUUUUUAUGUACUAUUUAUAUAGACUUUUUACACUUAAAGAAUUUGAGGAAUAAUAAGUGUAGUUAACAUCUAUAGAUUAACUGGAAUUCAUAAGAGUACACACAUAUGUAAAUAAUGGAGUAUACUUGCUACCAUGAAUCUAAUGAUUUUCAAAACGUCUAGCACUGCUAGUCUUUAUAACUUUCUAAUAAUGAAUCCAGGAUUUCAUACUGUCAGCAAGAUGUUGUUUUACUACAUGUGCAAAGUAAACACGAACAGCUUUGCAGACAAGAAAUUAUCAGAUUUUCUGUUACAUUUAUCAUGUUUCUCAACACAGGUUAAGAAAUGGUUUGAGACAAUCUAAAGAUGAAAGACAAUUUUUUCUUUCAUAUAUGAAAUUUUCUUUCAUACAUAUCAUUACAUCACAAACCUGCCAAAGGCUGAGUCCUGUGACAUGCCAAGCCUGAGCCAGACCAUGCUGGUGUGCAGCAUGCUGUGGCACUUGUACUUAACAAAGCAGACAUAACUGCUGCCUGUAUAAUUUUCCAAAACCAGGGUCAGUUCAGUGAUCAUGAACCCUCCUUCCCUCCAAAGUCUUUCCAGUAUAAUAUAUAAUCUUAGAAAUGUUUUUCACAUUUUAAAAUCCAUGACUAAUUAUUAAAGGUAGUAAUGUGUAUUUCAUAUCUUCUAACAAACUCAUGCUACUUACAGUUCAUCAGUAGAUAUACGGAUCAUGUAAUCUAAUAUGAGUACACUAUAUCAUAAUAUUUGUGUAAUGGAUAUGCUUUCAUAUACAUAUAUUUUUUACUUUUCUGUCAAAGGUUAUUAAUAAUACAUCUCCAGCUCUUCUCUUGCUAUGUACCAGUAUUUGUGUAAAAGAGAUCUUGUUUCUGUGCUUCCUUUUUAUUUAUUUAUUUUUUUCUGUUACAUCUUACAAUAUCACUCUCUUAUGAUCUCUCUCUUACAUCUGUCCUUUCUGUUUCUCUUUAACAAAUUUUGUGCUGAGUUACCGAAUUCUUUCAUAUCUCAAACCACUACAAUAUAUCAAUUCUAUUUGUCUUGCCAUGUAACUGCUCACUUUGUUUCAAAGCACAGGAUGCAUUUAACUUUUAACUCUCACUUAGCAUACAGAAUUAGUGAAACCUAAUAUACUUUUGGAAGAUGCCAGCCGUGCCCUCCACAUUGACUCCAUGUGUUCCAGCAUGCUCAUGUUCACUGGUGUCACAGCUAUGUGUUCUGGUUGUCUUGUCAGAAAACAUUCACAGUAAGAUUAGAAGUGGAUAUAUUCAGACAUAAAACAUUUUCUCAUCACACUGACUAAACACAUACAGAAAGUACAUAAUGCAUCUUGCUGUUGAAUUUUUAUGAAUCAUUUUCAUUCUUGUGACACCAGCUGCACACAGCUUCACUCAGCAAACUAAUACAUAUGUGUCUACUAUUUAACUGUGUUGAUUCAUGAUUUUAUACAUCAUGAAACAUGAACAUUUCCAUGCAUUUUAAGUCACUGUUGAAAAGAUACUUACUAAAGUUGUGCAUCAACAUGUGCUUUACUAUGUAUAGGGUUUUGUGUAAGCAUUUCAUUGCCAGACUCACUCAUCACCUCUGCAUGGGAUAUGAAGCUAUUUCCAAACUGCCCACUAUGUAUAGAUUUAUCCUCCUGUGCAUAAAAUAUGCCAACUCAAUGUCACUACUUCAUACGGCAAAAGAGUCCGAUGAUCUUUACAUUUUUCCAGAUCCACCUUCCUUUCCCCACAAGUGACAUUCCAAGGCUGGUGUGUGUCACGCCUCUGUCUCAACACUUGCUGGCCUGUAUACCCUCACAAUGUUACAAUGUGUAUUACAAUGUGGUGGAGGUGUUUAUGUUCAGUGUUCAUUAUUCCAUAUUGUAUGAUAUUGUGCUGAUUUCAUCCACACUAUUUAUUUAUAUUUCUAAUUUCUUUAGAUUAUUAUGGAGAGAUUUUGAAAUGUUAAGGUUACAAUAUAUGAUAAGCAGAUGUGUUAGAAGGGCAAUUAGUGGCAAUUCUAAUGAAAUUUAUGACUUGUACACAUUGCUGUUGGUGAAAAAAACAUGUUAUCAAUAUAUAGUCACAAAAAAUCUUAA